GCUAAGCCCCGAGCUCGCUUUGCCACAGGUUAGCGCAGCGCAGGGCCCGAGGAGACCUGCUAGGGGAAGCCUACCGGAGAGAGACGCAGACGUAUGCCAGCAACUCCGGGCAACCGCCUCCCGCUCACCUGCAGCUCCCCACCCCGAGGAGCAAACCCGGCUGGCCCGGCCGGGAUCGCUUUGCACAGGGAGAGCGGCCCGAGUCGGUCUCGGGGCAGGAGGGCUCUGGGAGCGAGGAGGGGGGCUGCAGCGGCGGCUGCCGGCCCAGGGGAGGAAUCGGUCUUUCCUCCAGGGCUCCCCAGGCGCGUCUGCCCGCAGGAACCAGGGCUUCCCCCUUUGCGGCUACUUUGCAACUGUCCCCCGCCGGCCAGCCGGGCUGACUCCCCUCCCGGUCCCUCACCAUGUUAGACGGGUUGAAAAUGGAAGAGAAUUUGCAGAACGCGCUGGAGACCUCGGCCCCGUUCUCCUCCUUGCUGGGCAGAGCCGUGAGCCCCCGGUCGGUGUGCGAGGGCUGCCAGCGGGUGAUCUCGGACCGGUUCCUGCUGCGGCUCAAUGACAGCCUGUGGCACGAAGGGUGCGUGCAGUGCGCCUCGUGCCAGGAGCCCCUGGAGACCACCUGCUUCUACCGCGACAAGAAGCUCUACUGCAAGCUCGACUACGAGAAGCUGUUUGCCGUGAAGUGCGGUGGCUGCUUUGAAGGCAUCGCACCCAGUGAGUUCGUCAUGAGGGCCCAGAAGAGCGUCUACCACCUGAGCUGCUUCUGCUGCUGCGUCUGCGAGAGGCGGCUGCAGAAGGGUGACGAGUUCGUGCUGAAGGAAGGCCAGCUGCUGUGUAAGAGUGACUACGAGAAGGAGCGGGAGCUGCUCAGCCUGGUGAGCCCGGCUUUGUCGGAUUCCGGUAAAAGUGAUGAUGAAGAGAGUCUAUGCAAAAUAGGCCACGGUCCCGGGAAAGGUGUCGAGGACAGCAAGGAUCACAAGCGUCCCAAGAGACCCAGGACAAUCCUGACAACACAACAGCGGAGGGCGUUCAAAGCAUCAUUUGAGGUCUCCUCCAAGCCAUGCAGGAAGGUCAGAGAGACGCUGGCAGCCGAGACGGGGCUGAGUGUGCGAGUCGUGCAGGUUUGGUUCCAGAAUCAAAGAGCGAAGAUGAAGAAACUCGCAAGGAGGCAGCAGCAGCAGCAGCAAGAUCAGCAAAACACCCAGCGGCUCAGUUCAGCUCAGACAAACAGUGGUGGGAACGCUGGCCUGGAGGGGAUCAUGAACCCGUACACCACGCUGGCCCCACCACAACAGUUGCUGGCUAUUGAGCAGGGCGUCUACAGCUCAGACCCCUUCCGGCAAGGGCUGACCCCGCCCCAGAUGCCAGGAGACCACAUGCACCCCUAUGGUGCUGAGCCCCUUUUCCAUGACCUGGAUAGUGACGAUACCUCACUUAGCAACCUGGGCGACUGUUUCCUAGCGACUUCAGAAGCUGGACCACUGCAGUCAAGAAUGGGAAACCCCAUCGACCAUCUGUACUCCAUGCAGAACUCCUAUUUCACUUCUUGAGCCUUGUCUGUGUCACCUGGCCAGGCACAGGUGUCUAUGACAUUACAGGUUAAAUUCACUUCAGAUAUGGCGGGCAAGGGGUUUGUGUUGCUGGAAUGCUGUCAAACAAUAUUUUGUAGCUCAGUAUUUCCAAAGACUGAAUAAGUUAUGGAUCGCAUAGUGUCAUGUUUUUAUUAGAAUCCUACUAUUAGAUACCAAGUGUUUAUUAGAGCUGGGCUGCAUUUUUCAACUUGAAAUUUUAACAAUGGGGGAAAAAACAGGUUAAACAUUUCUGUGAAAUUUUGACAUUCCCCGUCUCCUGUUUACCCCCCUGUCUGGCUAUAGAAAGGGUUGAUUGAAAAAAUUAUUCAUGUAUUUAUUUUUUUUAUUUUGAAAUUUAGACAGAAUUUUGAUGGGGAAAGAAAAAAACAGGGAACACUUUGUGCAAAGUUUUCACAGUUCCGUCACCCACACCCUUCCCCUGCGAUUUACUGGGAUUUAUUUCAGCAAAGUUCUCUGGCCUGUGAUAUACAAGUCAGAUGAGAUGAUCGCAUCGAGUGACCUUCUGGCCUUAGAGUCUCUGACCAUACGAUUUCUGUCCUCCUAUAGAAAUGGUCCAAAACUUUUAAAAUUUUGCAAUUUUGGCAAAAUUUGAUGAAAAACGGGGAAAAUUUCAAAGAAAUGUUUGCCAUAUUUUUUUUCCUGUUUCUCUACCAGCUCUAGUGUUUAUUGAUAAAAACAGGGACUUUUAAUAUAGACGUUCUCAUGCAAGUGUAGACAUCUAGAAACUCCUAAUCUCUCUCACACUAACUGGGAAACUCCUGGCAAGAGGUAGGUAUGUUUGGGUGUGUGCGUAUGUGUGCGCACAUGGGGUGUGUGUGUGUGUAAAUGUAUGUACUCCACAGACACACCUGCAUAUAGUAUCAACAAAGUUUAUUCCUAAUUCUAUCAGAAAUGUACUGUACAGCAAAAGUAACUUUAUUUUCAGUGUGAACCAUAUUUAAGGAAAUGCUUGAUGCACUUAAGUUAUAAGACAAUAAUUUACUUUUAUAAAGGUUAUGUUUAGUUUGCAAAAGCCCAGCGGCAGGGAAGGAACAUUUGAUUCCUUGCAGUCGAGAGGUCUUUGGUGCUUUCCAUCUGCUUGGUUGCUUUUAAAGGUUGGUUAUAAUCCAAAGACUGUCUGUGUCAGUCAUUGGAGCCUGAUCCUGGGCCCACUGAAAUAAAAGGCAAAAUUUCCAUGGACUUUAAUGGGGCAGGCUCGAGCCCUGUAUCUGCUCUGCUCCCUCUGUGCCUCUGAGUCACAGCUGCUGGCUUCACUGACCAUCUCAGGAGUUUUCCAUUCCUAGCCCGGUAGGAGCCAAUAAAGCAAUGGAAGAGUGAGAUGGAAUAUGUUCUGCCCUAUGCAUCAUCAGCAAGCGGAUUAGCCCUAGACGACUGCAGACCUGGUGACCAACACAGGAUCCUGAUUCUCCCAGUAAGGACCCGAUCCAAAGCCCAUCAAAGUCAAUGGAAAAGCUCCCACUGGUAUCACUGUGCUUUGAAUCGGGCCCUGGAAGAAGAACGGGGAGUCGUUUUUCAUGAUCUUGGGGAGAGUAUGCAGAUCCUUGUGUGAACAUUUACAGGGGUCUGUAUUUGACCUUGGGCCAACCCUGAUUAGCUAAGCUCAGAUGGCAGAAUCUAAGGGCUGGUCUACACUGGGAAUUUACAGCUGCACAGCUACGCAUAAGUGCUGGAACUAGGGGUGCUGUCACACUCCCUGGCUUGAAGUGGUUUCCAUCAUACCCAGGGUUUACAGUUUGGAUCAAUAGCUCGCAGCACCCCCACUGUACAAAUUGUUCCGGCUCCCCUGCAGCUACAUCACUCAGGGGUGUGAUAAAUCCACACCCCUGAGCAACACAGGUAAACUGACCUAACCCUCUGUGUAGACAGCGAGGUGGAUGGAAGAAUUUUUCUCUUGACCUAGCUAUUGCCGUAUGGCUUACCUGUGCAGAUGGGAGAACACAGGUAGUGUCUACACUGAAGCGCUGCAGCUAUGCCACUGUAGUGUUUCAAGUGUAGACAAGCCCUGCACUGUUGCUGCUGCUGAGCACAGAUGGGUUUCCAGUACCCUAGCGGGGAGCGUGAGGCCAGCACUUUGGGUUUGUUCAUGCGAACGCUUAGUUUGCGGCCAGCUGGGGUGUGAAUCUACCCUGCAUUAGCUGCCCGUGCGGACCCUGCUGAUGAGCACUAACCAUUCCCUAGUGCAUUUUAAUCUGCUCCAGUUGCAAAGCAGGCUAGAUCAAAACGCACUACAGAAAGUUUGGUGCUCAGCAGCAGGGUCCAGACAGACACGUAGCUUGCAGCAAGCCCAGGUGUCAAUCUACCCAGCAUUAGUUGCCGCACCCUAGGUGUUUGCAUAGAUGAGUCCUGAGAAACACGCUCCGUUUGGACCUGAUCCAAAGCCCGUUGACAUCAGAGGCUUUUCGAUCAAGCCCUUCAUCAGGAUCCACAUGAGCUAUUCCUCCUCCAGAAGAGAGAAUACAUAUGGAGCCCCACAUGGUCACUUUUCUGAGUAGACCGACUCUUUAAGCAAUGGGUUACCCUGCUCUUUGCUUCCCCAGUGCAGCACAAAAGCAUGAAGUUUCAAUGUCCCAGUGGUCUUUGGGACAAAUCAAGUGUGGGAGGGCUGCCUGCUAUCCACCCACGUGCUCCACUGAACCGCUGGGGAAGCCGCAGGCUCCUUGGCAGAGUUUUUCUUAGACUCAAGCCCUGUGCUGAGGCAGGUGCAGACGCAUCCUUAUCCUAUUAUAGUUUCUGUGUUGUGUAAUUUUGUGCUGUUGUUAUGGAUAAAUUAUGCAAACAACAAAAUGUAAAAUGAAUGAAAGUAACUGUGGUGCUGUAGUUUCCGGCUAGUGGCCAUGUUAAAGACCUGACACUGAAUGUAAGGGGGGGCUGAUGGAUGAAGAUGACACGCCAUCAGAAGUGAUGUA